AUGGCGAAAAGCAGGGUCGGGCAGCCGGCUGAGGAGACGACUGCGGGGCCGCUGGACCCCGCGAGCCAGGCCCUCGGAGACUCCCUGAAAGGUGAGGUCCGAGCAGGGGGCGGGAGGCGGGGAGGAGGGAGAAGCUGGCCUGGGGGCAUCUGUCUGUUAGUCGACAAACAUCCUGGAAACACCUCCUGGGUGCCAGGCUGUGGGACUAUAGCUGUUGGGACUGAGGUAAACGGGCUAGAUGAACGAGAGCUUGAGGGUGUCAAGGGUCUGAGGGGGAGGAGCCCUGAUCAGCACCCCCCAGUCCUAAAGAAGACGCAGCACCCUGCGUCCCCACCUCCUUCUAUGGAGCGGGCGGCGGAGGCCCCGCUCUGGGGCCAAAAUACGUUCCUCGCGCAGGCCGGAUUCGAGUCCAGUUCCUCUGCAUCUAAACUUGAUGCUUUGGUGCAUAUAGUUAAAGCUAAUGCAGAAGCUGGAUCAGCAAGGAUGUCUCUUCUUAUACUGGUGUCCAUUUUCCUGUCUGCUGCUUCUGUUAUGUUUUUGGUAUAUAAGAAUUUUCCUCAACUUAGUGAGGAAGAACGAGCAAACAUGAAGAUUCCCAGAGAUAUGGAUGAUGCCAAGGCACUAGGAAAAGUUUUAUCCAAAUACAAGGACACCUUUUAUGUACAAGUACUUGUAGCUUAUUUUGCUACAUAUAUUUUCUUGCAAACAUUUGCUAUUCCGGGGUCUAUAUUUCUCAGUAUUCUCUCAGGAUUUCUUUAUCCUUUUCCGUUAGCCUUAUUCCUUGUUUGUUUGUGCUCUGGACUUGGCGCUUCCUUCUGUUACAUGCUUUCAUAUUUGGUUGGAAGACCAGUAGUGUACAAGUAUUUAACAGAAAAGGCAGUGAAAUGGUCACAGCAGGUUGAACGACAUCGAGACCAUCUCAUUAACUACAUAAUAUUUUUGAGAAUAACUCCUUUUCUGCCUAACUGGUUUAUUAAUAUAACAUCUCCUGUUAUAAAUGUACCAUUAAAAGUAUUUUUUAUUGGUACUUUUCUAGGUGUUGCACCCCCAUCUUUCGUAGCUAUCAAAGCAGGAACAACACUCUACCAGCUUACAACAGCAGGAGAAGCUGUUUCCUGGAACUCAGUAUUUGUCCUGAUGAUUUUAGCAGUUCUCUCUAUUCUGCCAGCUGUCUUCCAGAAAAAACUGAAACAGAAAUUCCAGUAA